UGGUUGGUGAAGAGACAAUAUGAGCAAUCAAGAAGUUGCCAUUCUGAAUGUGGGAGGCUCAAAAUUUACAACAUGGGUUUCCACCCUGCGGAGGUUCCCAGAGUCCAGGUUAGCACGGAUGUUGAAUGGCAAUGACCACGAAUUCAGGCUGGUGAAUGGACAAUUCUUUGUGGACAGAGAUGGAACUUUGUUUAAUUACAUCCUGGAUUUUUUGAGGACACUACAGCUUUCUCUGCCCACUGACUUUUCAGACUAUCAGAGGCUGCAAAGAGAAGCAGACUUCUAUGAACUCCACUCCCUGGCUGAUCUUGUGAGCCAGGAAAACUUGCUGAAGCCGAGACCAGAGAUCUUGGAGGUGCGUUUCUUGCUCCAGGAAACUCAGGCCUUUUUCCGAGUCUUUGGCUCUUGCAGCAACACUGUUGAGGUACUGGCUGGACGGGUCACUAUGUUUACAGAGCAAUCCUUGAGACAGAACUGGAAUAAUAAUCCUUUUCCUUCUCAGAAGCUCCUCACUCCACUUCCUUUGGAGAGACCUUCUCAUCAUGACCUGGUUUUUCAAUGUGGCACUGAUUACUCUGCUGGUGACCAGUUGGUGACAAGGUAUGUCUCUAUAAAACCUGAUGACAGAAAGCUGAUUAAUGGAACUAACGUACUAGGCCUACUAGUUGACACUUUACUUAAAGAAGGAUUUCACCUUGUAAGCACCAGAACAGUCUCCACCGAAGAAAAAGUUGAAUGCUACAGUUUUGAAAGGAUGAAGAGGCCAGAAGCCCUUUUUCUCACUGCCAACCAAAGCCCGGAAAGCACUGGUGGAGCACAGACGAAAUUAACUCCAAUGCACAAGCAGAAAUGAAACCGGUUUCAUUACUACCUACCCUUUUGAAUCUAAGAGACACAUGUAGACACGACUAACCCUACUAUUUCUUUUUUAUUUGAAAUUGCAACUAUUGAAGGUCGUAACAACUGUCAAAUUUUAUAUAUUUCUUCAAAAAUCACUUUUUUCCUUUUCCUGCAGUCAUUCCAUAGAGAAGCCAAGUUCUUCUUUUCCCUGUUAACCCUUUUCUGGAGCAGGGGAGAAUACUGAUGCAAUAUUGAAUACGUAGUCCAGAAUCAAGCAGUUAGAAAUUGUCUUGCACAUGUUUAAAAUGGAGAUGGUCAUAAUGGAGAAAAUGAACCAUACUGGGAAUAAAGGGAGUCCCUGAAUAAAGGUUCUUGCACUCACUGCAGGAUACCGCAAAGGCAGCUUGAAAUAUGACAACAGCAAGUGAAGUAGUAACAAACAGGGCCUACAGAGCCUCUCUUCUCCUUCCUUUAGAAGGUUUUAUAGAUGACUGGAGAAAUCUAAAUUUGAAUGAUUACAUACUAUUUCUGCAAGCAAAAACUACAGAGACAAUCUUUCAAUUAGGUGAAAGCAGUAUUGUGAAAAUACCACAGAUCAUGCCCUGUCCCACUCUUUAAACUAAUAAAUAUAUUAUCUAUGAAACCACCAUCUCUUCUUGCAGAAUCCCCCAAGAAAAGAACCUAUUCAACUGUCCUUCAAUGCUCUGAACUUGAUAAAUGUAAUAUUAAAAAGGGUCUGCUGUGCAAUGCAUGGCAGGCAGUAAUGAAAGGUCAGUUAAUUAGAAAAGACAAUUGCUCUUCAGAAGAAACAAAUAGGCUGGAAUUCUUAACUAAAAUAGUUUAAAGAACUUUUCAGCACUUGCCAAAUGCAAAGAACAGCUUAGGGUGAAGGAUUGGCAAUGGUGACUUUAAGACAUGGUCACACUGCACUGCCAGACUGGCCUGCAUCAGAAAUUAGAGUAGCCUCUCAACUGCUCUCAGAUUACUCUGGUUCGUAGUAGUUCUAGGAAUGUGGGAAUGUAACAGAUUCUGGAUCCAUCCCUUCCUCCUUGAGGUGUGUGACUAUGCCAGGAAAGGGCGGUAUAGUGGUGGACUCUUUGCUAAUUAAGGAUUUCCCCUACUCUGGUUAGGCCUAUUAAUAACAACUUUCGGAUAGUACAAAGGAAGUUGGGACAGGAUCUGGCCCAAUAGAUCACUACUAUUAAGGAGACAUUACUGAUGUGCCAAGAAAUCAAAGACCAUUUUGGAUGUUUGUAUCUAUGUGGCUUUCUAGUAUUGAAUUGUCAUAAAAGUUACCGUGAAUAUCUCCAGUCAAGAGGACAAUCAGUGACAGUAAGAAAUGCAGAUGUACACGACAACCCCUUUAAUGGGCAAAGAAAGAAAAUGGACUUAAGACUGUACCCAAGCUCUAGAACCAAAACAAUACCUGAUAAACAACAAUGAAGUGUAGACUGAGACUAACUUUUAAUAACCUUUUGUAAUGGAAAAUAUUGUGCUGAUUCACAUACUGCAGAAAUCCUGAUAAGAGUGUUUUAUUU